ACAAGAUAUAUAAAUCUUAAAAUUAAUUAAAAUAAAUAUAAUUAUUACACUUCUUAGCUGGCAUAACUAAAGGCCUGCUCCAUUGCUUAUUUUCAAAAAAGAAAAAAACAAAAGGCCUGGUAGCAAUGGCCAUGCCCUGCGAUAUAUGGCAAAGAAUGGCGCAUUUCCGACCGGCAAUGGAAGGGGCUAAGGGCGUAUUCUGUGUUGAAUUGGGAUAUUCCGAUUUAAUAUCCCAAACAAUCUCGCUUAACUUCUUUCUCGUAUUCUCCUUCUCUCUGUUUUUAUACUCCUGUGCCUGCCUGAAUCCUCUCCUUCUGCCUCUUCCCCGCUCCUCUUCAUUAAUUCUCGAUUCCUUGAAAAGAGAAUCCUAUACAACCAUCAGUCAUGACUACAGAAAAGAAACCUCGUCGCCGCUUUUUUUUCUUACUAGUAUUAAAUCCAGAAGUCAAUUAACUUCGAUGGGUACCUGAAGAUACUGGUGUCUGAAACAAACACCAAUUGGUUCAUCAAGAAAACACUACCUUCAGGUACCCAUCGGAGUUAAUUAAUUUCCGGAUUUAAUAUUAGUGGACUUCUCGGUUAAUUUCCUGACUUUUUUUUUUCGUUUUUCUUUUCUAUUUUAGUACAUGAUCAAAUUAACGAAAGAGAACCGUGAAGAAUCUCCGGUGCAUGAAAUUGAGAGUGGCAGCUAUGAAGAUGGGGAAGAAAGACCAGAAGAAGUC